AGACUCUCCCACGCCCUUCCCUUUAAGAGCCCGGUUGCUAGUGUACGGAGGUGCAGCUGCACUAACUGGAACUUGCCAUACUUGUAGAGUUUCUACAACACCCGACCACUUUCCACCGUAUUUCUUUUAUGGGAAAGUAACUGGAUUUCAUCAAAACAACCCCCGCGCUGACAAUGUAAAGGAACAGCAAAUAAGAUGAGGGACUGGCAUCCUAUUCCUCUCCUGGCCAGUGUUACUGCUGCUUUGCAUGCAGCCUAUUCCAAAUAACCCAUGUACAUUAUGGCAACAAUUGAUCCGGGCUCAGACGCAGAGGACCUCUUGGCAUCCAUUCACCUCGAGAGGUAUCUGAACCACUUCAGACAGGCAGGCUUUCUGCUGGCCCGGGACUUUUGUCAUGUUGACAGUGCAGCUCUCAACAGGCUUGGCGUGACCGCCACCGGCCACAGGAAGAGGAUCCUCAAACUGGUCGAGCACAUUCAGCUGAUCUGCAAGCAUCAAAGGAAGGACUUGCUAUUGGACCGCUGCAACUCAGAGUCGGCAAUUCAUGAGGUUACACCUGACAAGCCACAGCCUCGUUCACCUCAAGGCAGCGUUGACGCAUCCUUUGAAGCCUUGCAUAACAGCUCAGUUCCAAAUCUCUCCGUUCUCGUGAAGCGCUCUCACUCAGAGUGUAGUGGUGCCAUCAUGAAACCUGUGCCAAAACCUAGAACUGUCUUCAAUAAACAAAGGGUGCAGCAGUCUUCACCGCCCACUCAACAGGAAACUCCAAACUGCAGAAGCUCCUCUCAGGAUUCUGCUUGUGUAGUUUUAGAGGACUCUAUAGACUCAGGGCAUAGCUCGUGUGAAGCUAAAUUAAGUACCACUUUCACAGCUCUAGACACUAGUGGACCACUACCUCCAGUGCCCCCAAGGUUCCACCAAAGGGUUCCCCCAUUCAGGAGUAUGUCUGAUCAGGACCUGCAAAGCAGUCCAUCCCUGUCCUCUUCCCCUGACUCUCCUUGCAGUUAUCAGUGUUCUCCUUUUACCAGUACACUGGGUUCUCCUCCUAGCCCUCCAUGCUCAGGCUUAGAAAUGGUUUCCAAUGAAAUAUACUGUGGCACUUUACCCAACACUCCACCCAGACUAUGGAGGCGUUGUUUACCUCUCACCCCUCCACGCCAAGAACUCAACACAUCUACUGAAAGCAAUAGCACUUUAAACCACACCUCCCAAGAACCACCUAAACAAACAUUAGCCCCUAUGGAGAACCAAGAUGAACUUAUCAGCCCGUACUGUGAAACAGUUUUCCAAAGCAAGCGGCAGGAUCAACAUUCUGAGGUUGAAGGGUCUAGAGGUGGGGAAGUGACUGGAACUAAAGAGGAAAAACUAGGAAACGACCACGGGCACCAAAGCCAGUUGUGUGGGAAACACCAGUCACAUGCAGCACUUGGCGACUCUCCAGGCUACUGCACAGUGGGCGAGUCGUCCCCCACCUCACACUCCUACCCUCUGCCUCCUCGCAACCUGUACCCCAGUGAACUGGAUGAGGACCAAACCAUCUCUCCCUAUGCCAGCUAUACCUCGCCGUCAGAGCGGGCUGUGCCCAUCCUCAGUGGCUGGCUGGACAAACUCUCUCCCCAAGGGAACUAUGUGUUUCAGAAGCGUUAUGUGAAAUUUGAUGGAAAAAACCUCAUGUAUUUCGGCAGUGAAAAGGAUACAUAUGCAAAAGGUGUGAUUCCCCUGGCUGCAAUACAAAUGGCUCGAGCAGCCAAAGACAACAAAUUUGAAGUUGUCACAAGUCAUAGGACAUUUAUCUUUCGUGCUGACAGUGAAGUGCAGCGGAGCAAAUGGUGCAGCGUGCUGCAAGAGCGUGUGCAGGAGCAGCUGGUGUUUGGCCGGCCGCGCUUUGGCCCGGGAACCCACUGCCAGAAGAGUGGUCUCCUGGAGCUCAAAGGCAUCAAGUCAAAGAUCUACGCUGCCAUCAUGACUGAGCAGAUAUGGCUGUACAAGAGUGAGCAGUGCUUUAAGAAUGGAAUUGGAAUCUCUGUAAUUGAGGCCAGAGGUUCUACAAUCCGUGAUGGCAAGAGCAAAAGCUUUGACCUCAUAACCCCUUACAAAACCUUCAGCUUCACAGCUGAGUCUGAGCGGGAGAAGCGUGAGUGGAUGGAGGCUCUGCAGGAGUCCAUUGCAGAGACGCUGUCUGAUUACGAGGUAGCUGAGAAGAUCUGGUCCAACCGCUCCAACAAGGUCUGCGCUGACUGCAAAGCCAUCAAUCCUGAUUGGGCCUCCAUCAACCUCUGUGUGGUCAUCUGCAAGAACUGCGCAGGUCAGCACAGGGGCCUGGGCACAAUGGUAUCUAAAGUGCAAAGCCUGAAACUGGACACCAGUGUUUGGAGCAACGAGAUUGUACAGCUCUUCAUAAUGCUGGGUAAUGACAGAGCAAAUGAGUUCUGGGCAGCUAGACUACCGCUGGCUGAUGAGCUGGACUGUGAUGCCUCCCCGGAACAACGGAGAGAAUUCAUUAUCCAGAAAUACAAAGAAGGGCGUUACCGCCAUCCUCACCCCAGCUUCAGCUCCCAGGAAGAGUUACUUAAGGUUCUGUGCAUGGCAGUGACGGAACAGAACCUCCUGAAAACAGUGACUCAGAUUUUCGCUGAGGCGGAAGCAGCUCGAAUCUCAGACUCUAAUGGACAUGAGAAGCACCUGUCUCUCCAUUACAAUUACACCCAGACCUCAGAUUCCAGCGUGUAUGAUGAGAUCAUGCAGCCCGUCCUGUAUUCUGGAUACCUCUACAAAUCAAGCUCCAUGAACAAAGGCACUUUAUCCCGCAGAACCAGAGAAGAUUUUCAGAAGUUUUGGUGUUCAAUCGAGAAGUCUCUCCUGUUUUAUGAGUCUGAGAGGUGCCACGAGCCCAGUAUGAAGAUUGAUGUAAAAGAUAUAAUCUGUUUAGGAGUUAGCAGGCCUGAUUCAUGCAACAACAAUGGCUUUAUUGACAGGUUUCGAUAUACAUUUGAACUCUACCUAACGUCUGAAAAGCUUAUCCAGUUUGGCCUAGAGACACCGGAUGCGCUGCACAGUUGGGCAAGAGCCAUUGGAAAGGCUACCACCCCUCUGAGCUGUCACUGUUUGCUGACACGGGAGUUUGAGCGUGUGGGAAUGCUACGCUAUAAAGCCAUGCUGGACCCACAGCAGUGGAAGGAGGGCUUCUUCGUCCUGCAGAAAUCCAACUUGUUCAUCUGCCCCAGGAACGAUGGUGCUGCCGAGGACAUCAUCAACCUUAAGCGCCUGCAAGAGCUGAGUAUGGUGUCUGAGAUGGACAACCAUGAGAAAAGGGACAUUCUGGUUCUGGUCGAGAAAGGAAGGACUCUGCACCUGCAGGGCAUGGGCCGAACAGAUUUCUCCCUGUGGUACACCGACAUCCAGAAGGCAGCAGGGGGGAGAGGCAACACACUAAAAGACCAGCAGCUCAGCAGGAAUGACAUCCCUAUCAUCGUGGACAGCUGCAUCGCAUUCAUCACCCAGUAUGGCCUAGGUCAUGAAGGGAUCUACAGGAAAAAUGGGGCCAAGUCCAGAAUUAAGCUCCUGAUGGAGGAGUUCCGGAAGGAUGCCCGUAACGUCAAGCUCCGCAUUGGGGACAACUUCAUCGAAGAUGUGACUGAUGUGCUGAAGAGGUUCUUCCGCGAGAUUGAUGACCCCAUAUUCAUGGCUGACCUCCACACUUACUGGAAGGAGGCUGCUAAGAUUACUAAUAAGACACAGAGGUUGGACAGAUAUAAGGAACUCAUCCGUGGUUUGCCGCGGGUCAACCGGACUACUUUGGCUGCUCUCAUCAGUCACCUGUACAGGGUACAAAAGUGUGCCGACCUGAACCAGAUGUGCACGAAGAACCUGUCGCUGCUGUUUGCACCCAGCCUCUUCCAGACAGAUGGGAAAGGGGAACAUGAAGUAAAGAUUGUAGAGGACCUUAUUGACAACUACCUCUACGUCUUCGAUAUUGAUGAAGAGCACCAAACCCAAAUUGAACUCGAGAUCAGUCUUAUCACGACCUGGAAAGACACACAGCUCUCUCAGGCAGGAGAUUUGAUAAUUGAGGUUUAUCUGGAGGAAAAAACACCAGAUUGCUGCAUCACUCUAAAAGUCUCUCCCACUAUGUGCGCUGAAGAGUUGACUAACCAGGUGCUGUACAUGAGAAAUGUCCCUGCAGGCGAGAAAGAUGUUUGGAUGACCUUUGAAGCCAUUGAAGAUGGAGAGCUUGAGCGGCCUCUGCACCCAAAAGAGAAGGUUCUGGAACAAGCCCUGCAGUGGUGCAAGAUGGCUGAUCCUAGUUCUGCAUACUUGCUAGUAAAGAAGGUGCCCAGACGAGAUGUGAUAGAUAUCUUCACAGCUUACAAAAGUGAGAUUGUGAAGUUUGGAGUUCUGAAGUGCCGAGAGGAGCCACCCAAACUUCUGCAAGGGACCAAGUUCCAGGAGCGUGGAUUCCAAAUUCGUGACCACAAAUUGCUUCUAAUGAAGGAUAAGAAAAGCAUCAAACCAGAAAAGGAGUGGCUACUGAAAACCAUGAAAAUUUACAUUGGAAUAAGAAAGAAGUUAAAAGCACCAACAAAAUGGGGUUUCACUGUGAUGUUAGACAAACAUCAGAUGUACCUUAGUUGCUCCAGUGAAACAGAGCUUUGGGACUGGAUGACAAAUCUGCUAAAAGCACAGAAUGAUGACUUGCGGCCUCCUGUGAUGAGACGCCACUCUUCCUCAGACAUCUCCAAGCAGAGGUUUGGCACCAUGCCUUUAGUGCCCAUCAGAGGAGAGGAGAGCAACACCAACUCCACUAUGCUUUCAGCAAACAAAACCCUGAGGAAGCUUCAUGAUAGGAGAACACUUUCAAUGUACUUUCCCAUGAAGCUGCAGCAGGACUCGGUGGAGGAGCGACAGGAGAGCCCCGAGCCCCUCUACGAGGAGGUGGGUGACUUCGGCCUGCAGGUGCUGAAGUCCCUGGAGACGAGCUUCCGGUCCAGUGCCCACACUGAGACCCUGGAGGUGCCGCCGUGUCCCGUGAGUCUAGGCCAGAGGAAGGCCAGCUCCUUGGACCGCGUCAUCAGCUCAAACCCGGUGUGCUCUUUUGAGGAAGAGGGCCUCCUAACCCCUGGUGGCUCUCUGGACACACUGAUGCAGGAAGAAUCCCACUGCUUUGUGCAUUGCCAGGGUGGGCAGGACCAGCCAACAUCCUGCAGCCCUUCCCAAGAGCUGCUGCUGCAGGAACUCUCCACUGUGUUCAGUAAACAAGAGGAAGAGGAACAGCACAAAACUGAGAACCUGACCUAAGAUGGCCAGUAGUCAGUACGAGCUGGCAGUGGUAGCUCAGUGGUUAAGGUACUUGACUAGUAAAUCAGAAGGUUGCCAGUUCAAGCCCCAUCAUUGCCAAGUUGUCUCUGUUAGGCCCCUGAGCAAGACCCUUAACCUUCAAGUGCUCAAAUUGUUGUCAGUCGCUUUGGUUAAAAGAAUCAGUUAAAUGCCAAAAAAUCAAAAUCAGAAAAGGCUCCCUAACUCUAUCCUGCAGUCUGAAUGUGCAGCUAUAUUCAAAGUAUUUUUUUCUGCUAAGAAGUUGAGUGCAGCUGUUGCUGAUUUGUUGUGUAAUGAAGUCAUUAAAAUACAUUACGUUUGCCAGUGUUAUAAAGUUGAGACAAAUUAAGGAAAAAUACUGAAUGCUAGUUCUAAAGUACUAACCAUUUUUUAAUAUAUACAUCUCUGUUAAGUGCUCUGUAUAUAACUGAAAUAUAAUAUUAUAAUGUAUAUUCUUUGCUUUUGCUAACAAAACCUCAGUUUUUAGCAAAAUUCUUGUUAAUCCUGUUAAAGGGCAGUUGCGUGGUUGAGUUGGUCUAAACUGACACUAGAUGUCAUCUCACUUUGGUUAGUUCUGAAUGGUUAAGUUUUGAAAGCAAAAUGGAUUUACCAGCACAGUGCCUUCUAACCAUGUACAGAGAACAAUACAUUUUUAUAAUGUUGGACUUUCAUAAAUAAAAAAUAAGUCCACAAUAAAUCCAUCAGGCGUAGCAACAACUAGCAUGACAAGUAUUUACUCAAUAGUAUUUACUCAGUUUAACUUGAAUAACAAAAUAGUGAAUAUGUAUAAUGCGUGGUUCAGUCAUACAGGUCAUUGAGUUGGCUUGUAGUAGUAAGUCAAGGUGACUGAACUUAUGGUAUCAUUUUGAAGAUGUUUCAUUAUCCAAAGUGGCUUUGAGUUAAACUGCACCAUAGAAAAUUUGAACACGUGUAAAAUAUUUUUUCCCAGAAAAAUGGGAGUUCUGGGACUUUCACAAGUUUCGCAAGUACAAUUUGUUAUAUUUAUUAAUUUAUUUAUACUCUGUCCACCAUUGAUCAGCGUUAAGACAUACUGUGAAGGCCUUAAAGUUGAUACACUGUAUGAACAGCUAGGAAUUUUUUCCAGCUUGACUUUGAACAACAGAGGGCAGUGUAGAUCCAAAAUAUAAAUACUUGACAAUCUUGUAAUAUUGCAUUCCACGUAAUCUUACACUUACUGAACCCUUGUAGAGCACCCUACAGGCUACUGAUUAAAUAUAUGUAAUGUAUGCUUAUGUGUAAUAUUAUGAAUGCAACAUUCUUCUCUGAUGUUAUUUUUAUAUUGUGAGUCAUUGUAAGUGCUGCCCCUAUUGGUCCUUUGCCUGAAAUGCAAAUUUCACUGUUAGACCUUUGUUUUUGCUAUGUGGCAUAACAAUGUGCAGGUUUGUUAGUGAUUAGUGUUGUAUGUGCCAAAACCAAAUUUGAUUUGUUAAGAUGAGUGGUGUCAAGAUAUGUGUUAAGACCAAUGAUAGAAAAGCAGGCAUAAACUAUAAAGGUUGAGUUACUCACUAGUAACCUACUGAUUGCAAAGUGUUUUGAUUUUGCCAAAGGUAUUACUUAGAAUUAAAGAGUAUGUUUAAAUAUAAGGCUGUUUGCAAAAAUAGACUCUGUUCCAUGAAACAAGGCCUCUGUACUUUUAAUGCAUGCUGUGUUAAGUAAAGAAUGUACUUUUAA